AUGAGAGCCAUUGGUUAUCUCGAUUCAAAGAAGGGGUUGAACGAUGGCUGCUUUCAUGAGUACACUGCCACUCCAGAUGGUCGUUUGGGAAAUCUAUUCUGGUGCGACACCAUGUGUAGGUAUGACUACUCAUGUUUUGGUGAUGUAUUGGCUUUCGAUGCCACUUACAAAACGAACAUCUACAAGAGACCUCUAGUCAUGUUGUUGGGUGUAAAUCACCAUUUCAGAACCUGUUUCUUCGGGUGUGCCAUUCUCGUUGACGAGACGAGUGUUACUUAUACUUGGCUUUUGCGAACGUUUAUAAAGGCUAUGAAUUUCAAACGUCCGAAAUCUAUAAUAACGGAUGGAUGCUUGGCAAUGGCGGCUGCAAUUAGGUCAGAGAUGCCUAACGCUAGGCAUCGCCUAUGCGAAUGGCAUUUGGAGCGCAACAUUCAAGAAAACCUACACAACGAGGAAUUCACUAAGGAGUUCAAGUGGUUUACUCGGAUGUCCAAUGAAACCAGAUUUGAGCAAGCUUGGAGUGACCUAUUGGGGAAGUAUGGGUUGACAGAAAACAUGUGGGUGAGGGAAUAUCUGUAUGGGAAAAAAGAGAUGUGGUCUGAUGCGUUUUUGAAAGGGCAUUUUUUUGCCGGACAACGCACAACUCAGCGUUGUGAGUCAAUGAAUGCGCACCAGCACAUAAACAUGGGGAAGAGACUUAAGCUCCAUAAGCUUGUAGUGGGAUUCGAUGCGGAAUUCGAACGUCUAAGAGAGGGCGAAUCCAUUGCUGAAUUCAAGACAAAAUAUGGGGAGCCAGUGAUCAAAGGUCCUGUCUUACCGUUUGAUAAGCAUGCUGCGUCUGAAUAUACAAGAGCGAUUUACAGCAAGUUCAAGUUCGAGAUGGAUAAAUCGCAUUUGAUCAAUAAUGUUAAUGUCUCUCCUGCUGGAAACAAUCGUGUUUACACUCUUUCCAGGUAUUUGAAACAGGACAAAUUUUUCCAUGUUGUGUUUAAUGAGGCUGAUGGGUCAUACGAGUGCUCCUGCAGGUUUUUUGAAUCUGUCGGGUAUCUUUGUUCUCAUUUGAUUCAUGUCCUUAAAUGCCAAAAUCUGGAGAAAAUACCGGAUUGCUUAAUAUUGACGAGGUGGACCAGAAAGGCCAAAGAUUCAAUACUUGCCAAUGAACCCUCCGCAGUACCUCCUGAGUUAUGUGUGAUGGUGCGUUAUGGUGCGCUGUCAUCGAUUUGCAAUAGGAUAUGCCACUUAGCAAGUCAGACAACUACUAAUUUUAAUGAUGUCCGGACUGGGUUGACAAAGAUGUUGAAUGAUAUGUUGAGUGCACAGGAUGCGCAAGCAAAUAAUCACGGGAGUGCAAAUGUCAUACUGGAUCCUAUCAUCCCACCGCGUGUUGUUACAACAAGAGGAGUGCAAAACAAUCCAGGUUCGAGUAGUGCAGCAGUAAGAAGCACCACGGUUCCAGUUGGAGGUGGCCCAACCAAUGCAUCCACAGGAACAAGUUCCAUGGUUCCGAAUGAAGGUGGCCCGAGCAGUGCAUCUGAUGAAGUCGAAAACAUUGCUACACAGCGAAAGUGCACUGUUUGCAGACAACCAGGACACACAAAACGAACUUGCAAGCAAAAGAAUACUGGGAUGCAGGAUAAUAUCACUGAAAGUGUGGGAUAUGAUGACAACGUAAUCCACUUGAUGUCCACCCAAGGUUCUCAAAAUAUGCAGAUAAAUGAAGCUGAUAAUGUGCCGGUUAAUGAAGAUUCAGAACCAAUAAGCAAAAAUAAUCCUGUUACUUUCUUGUUACAAUGUGCUGGGACAAUCAGGUUUGUAAUUAAAAUGGCUUCAUUGUAA